AUGGUCAGCUCCUGUUGUGGUUCCACCUGUUGUGGUCCAAGCUGUGGCUCUGGCUGCUGUGCUCCCUGCUGCUGCCGCCCUGCCUGCUGCCUUCGGCCAGCCUGCUGCCAGAGCACCUGCUGCAGGACCAACUGUUACAGGCCCACCUGCAUUGUGUCCACCUGCUGCCGCCCCAGCUGCUGUGUGUCCAGCUGCUGCCAGCCUUGCUGCCGCCCCAGCUGCUGCUGCCAGCCUUGCUGCCGCCCCAGCUGCUGUGUGUCCAGUUGCUGCCAGCCUUGCUGCCGCCCCAGCUGCUGUAUUUCUAGCUGCUGCCAACCUUGCUGCCGCCCCAGUUGUUGUGUGUCCAGCUGCUGCCAGCCUUGCUGUCGCCCCACCUGCUGCCAGACCACCUGUUGCAGAACCACCUGCUGCCGUCCAGCCUGCUGUGGCUCCUCUUGUUGCUGA